AUGCACUCCAGCCUCGUCCGCAUCCAAAACGUCUUCGGCUUCUUCACCUCCGUGGCCUUCGCCGUCGCCGCCGCAAUCGCAAUAAGCGUAAUCCUCAGCCCGCAAUCCCCCUCCGCGAGCCUCGAGCUCAAGAAGGUCAAAGUAGCCAAAGGUCGCCCACACUACUACUCCACCAAACGCGAAGAAUACGCCCACAUCACCUUCACCCUCGACGCGGACCUCACCUCGCUCUUCAACUGGAACACCAAACAAAUCUUCCUCUGGGUCUCCGCCUCCUACCCCUCGCCAAACAACCACCCCGCCACACCCCCCUCCGAAGCCAUCAUCUGGGACGCCAUCAUCCCCCACGACCAAGCCCCGUCCCAUCCAAACACCUACACGCAUCCUUCGCCCAAGAACUCGAAGACGAAAUCAAAAUCUAAACGCAGCGCUCAGGGGAAGGCAUACCCAGAAGGCACGCAGGCCGGGAUCGUGCGUCUCGAGUCCCAGAAGCCGAAAUACCAAAUCACCGACGUGACGGGCAAGAUCGCGGAGCGGGGCAAUGCGACGUUGACGCUGCAUUGGAAUGUGCAGCCGUGGGUGGGGUUGUUGACAUGGACGAAUCGCGAGACGUAUGGAAGGUGGGACUGGUUGAAGGGCGGGAGGACGGGGCCGUUUGAGUUUCCGGCGAUUAAGGGGAGUGAGACGAUUAAGAAGGAGGAUUUGAGGACGGCGACGGGGGCCGAGGCGAGGAGGGGGAGUCCCGCGUAG